GUCUCACCCGCUGCAUCCGAAAUUUUUUAAGCGCCUGCAGAAUUUCCUUGCAAUCAGAACACCCUUUUGUUUUUCUUUUCGUUUGCGUAGAAAAUUUAGAUAAUGGCCUUCCAAUUGGACGAUCUACUGAAGGACGACAAGAAAGACGCGAAUUUGAUACCCGAUUUAAGUAAAGCAACGUGCAAUUCUUACGAGGAAUUCCGGCGACUCAAGGAGAACUGUCCGGAGUUUAAGAUCAAACCGGAAAAGGUAAAAAGAGAGGACACGAAGGUUCGCGACAAAGAGUUUUCUUGGAAAGCGACCAAGAAAGAACUCAAAAACAUCGGCAGGGAAUGGGCCUACGGAGAUCCGGUUCCACCAGAUAUGAGGGAAUUGGAUCUACAGGAGUUGCAACAGGUCGCCAUCGAUUGGCGGAUGCUGACUCCGAUAAGACCGAAGCUUCGCCAAGACGAAGAAAUGUUCUCGAGAUUGGUGGAGAUGGGCAAAUUAGAGGCGAAGACCGUGAUGAAAGAACGCCGUUCGCCAACGAGUCCUAUUAGACGGAGUAAGAAUCGCGCGGGGAUAAUCGAAAGCAGCGCGAAAACUUGCAGAGAAUGCGGAGAGGAGUAUUGCUUCGGCGAAUUUUGUGGGGACGUCCUCUACGAUUCCUUCACGAGGGUGACGAUCACCACCCAGCAGUCGAAGAUAAAAAUAUCCGCGGACGCCGAAGCCAUAAUCGCUAAUAUGGACCGUAAGAAAAAGAAGAGGAAAAAGGGGAAGAAAAGAGUUAAGAGCAAGAGCAGAACGUCCAGGAAGUCCGCCAGAUUGUUGGUCAACAGCAAGGCGAGGAGAUCGAUAACGGAUCUUGAAAGCAAACCUGUUAAAGCGAAGACUAGCGGGGGGCAAAGCGAGAAACCUGUGAAACAAUUUAAGAGGAAAUGUAGCAAAUACACGAAGAAAGGCCUUUUACGCAAGUAACAAUAAUUACGAUAUUAAAAUAAAAAUAAUUGGGAAACCUCUGUAGAAAUUGCUUAUCCUCUAAAUACACAUUAUAUAUACACACAUACAUGUGUAUUUGUAUAAUAUGUAAUCCUUAUCGUAUAACAAAUUUCUAUGAAUAUAAAGAAAAAUAUUAAUCUAAUACAACUAAAUGUAUGCGGCAUAUAAAUAUUUGCUAAUCCAUUUAUCCAAGUGUACUUGGUUGGAUAAGAUACGAAUAAAAUUAAGUAGAGAUAAGGAUUGUACAAGUAAAAUACCUAUCUUUAAUAAUGUAAAUUAUCUUCAAGAAACAAAUGAAAAAUAUUCGUUCGCUCGACUAAUAAAAAAAAAAUGAA